UUGAUAAAAUUCAGAAAAUUAGAAUUGUAAAAAGAGUUUUGAGCAAAUCUUUCAAAAUAACUUCUCAUUAAUUUCACAACUCCAAUUUUUUUAGAUGUUGGUCAUACAUUGGUAAAAUCGGUUAUUCUUCCCAACAAGUCUCAAUCGGUGUUGGAUGCACAUCUCUCGGAACUGUCACUCACGAAAUUGGCCAUGCCCUCGGUUUCUACCACGAACAAGCUCGUUAUGAUCGUGAUUCAUAUGUUUCAAUUUUGACACAAAACAUUCAAUCAACUUAUUUGAGUCAAUUCACCAAACAAUCUUUCUCAAGUAUGGUUGAUUAUGGAGUUGGUUAUGAUUAUGGAAGUGUUAUGCAUUAUGAUCAGACUGCUUUCACUUCAAAUGGUGGAAAUACAAUUGCAACAAUUGAUCCAAAUUAUCAAGCAACUAUUGGACAACGUGUUGCACCAUCUUUUGCUGAUGUGAAGAGAAUUAACUUGGCCUACUGUAACUGUAAGAUUAUCUGUUUUGAAAUAAUUUUAUAUAAUUUCAAUCAUAUUUUUAGCAACCUGCUCAAACACAUUGGACUGCCAAAACGGUGGAUACAUCAAUCCAAAUGAUUGCAACAAUUGUAAAUGUCCUCCAGGAUUUGGUGGUCAACUUUGCAAUAUUGCUGGAGGUGGAGAUGCUUCUUGUGGAACUGCUGAUCUUACUGCAACUAACACAAUUCAAACUGUAUCUGCUUCUGGAGCUGUUAAUUGUCAAUAUGUGAUUACUGCUCCAGUUGGCGCGAAAGUUUAUUUCCAAAUGACUGCCGCAACAUUCUCGAGAAGUGUUCCGUGCACAAAUUAUUUGGAGAUUAAAUAUGAUUCUGAUUUCACUCGUGUUGGAGCACGUUUUUGUACAAGUUAUCCAACAAUCUCACUUUCGGAGACAAAUCGUCUUGUGUUGAUCUACCAAGGUGUCAGUGGCGCGAGAUUUAGUCUAAAUUAUCGAUAUGAUCCACAAGAUUUUACAACAUCUACUAGUUCAACAUCAACCACAACCACCACAACAACCGCUGCACCAGUCACAUCUGCACCAACAACAUCAACCGCUAGACCAACUACCACAACUGCAAGAACGACAACAACUACCCGAAGAACCACUGUAACUUCAACUACACAAGCACCAACCACCACAACUUCAUCAGUUUGUGGAUCUUGGGGAGGAUGUUCAGCACAAUGUGGAGGUUGUGGAACACAAACUAGAAAAUGUGGAACAUAUUUCGAAACUGUUUAUUGUAACACCAAUCCUUGUGUUGGUGGAUAUUGUUGUCGACCAUUCUUUUAUGUUACUCAAAAUGGAAAUGGAUAUUGUAAACGUCCACAAGCUGAUGAUUCUGAGAUUCGAGUAAGUUCCGGGAUUUAGGAAUUGGUAAUUGAAAAAGCUUGAAAAUUAUUUAAAAUUAAUUUUGAAUAAAUUUCGAAAAAUUUUCUAGUUUUAUUUGUUAAAUUGGAGGACUAUCAAAUAUAUAAAGAUGAAAUUUUUUUCAAAUUUCAUAAGUUUAUAAUAUUUUGAAAUGUAUUCUGAUGAAACACCACAAUAAUAUUCGGUCUUUUUUUCUCAAAAACAUACCAAAUAUGAUUUGACACCACUUUAUCCCACCUCAUUAGACAUUCAAAGGGAAUAUUCACAUAUAUUGCGUAAUCCAUUAAUUGGCCAUUCAGACAAUAAAUAUUGAUUAAUGUAUUCAAACCAUUCACCCAACCAUCCAGCUGUUUUGAAUGAAAAGAGAAUAAUUAAUUGUGCAUUGUUUGAAUGUCUAUUCAAAAAAUCAAGCGUUAUUUCUUUGUAGAACGAGGAUCGAUUCGAAAAAGCUAUUCAUCCAAACAACGAUGCUCCAUCGGUUAUCUGGGAAAACAUCAAAGAUCACCCGAAAAGUCGAAUCAACGGAUCCAACAAAGGAUUUGCUAUCAAUAAUUGA